AUGUUAAAAUCAGUAACUUACUCCAAAGUGGUAAGUAGUGUGUUUCUCCUUCUCUGUUUCUAUUAUAUACUUCUAGUGUUCUCUACCGAUAAUAAUAGUGGUAAAGGUUUUUGGAAGGAAAUUAAUGACGGUUGGUGGAACGAUGAUGAUAUUAAUGUCAGUCUGGAGGAUUCGACUAAAAUCCAGCCCAUUAUUGGAGGAUUGUCUGGUAUUAAGUUGUUGCGGUAUUUCAAUGACAAUUUGGAUUAUCUAAACAAACAUAUUCCAAAACAUUUCCACCCUUACAAUAACAAUUAUAAUCAAGGGAAUACUACAAAUGCAAGUAGUAAUAAAGUUGUAGUAUCUUCCUAUUAUGAUCUAUUCUGGAAAUUUAUAUUAUCUAACAAGUUAGACACUCAAUCUAUGAUAGAGGUGUUGACUAGAGAUGUAGACCCAUUGAACUCAGUCCAUUCUCAUAACGAUUAUUGGAGAGCAUUGCCCUUAUUUGAUGCAUUGUUACAUGGAGUAAACAGUGUGGAAGCUGAUGUCUGGUUGGUGGAAGACUAUGAUAAUACUACAUUGGCCGUCGGCCAUAAUAAUCUAUACUUGAAUCCAGAACACAAAAAUUUAAAGAAGCUAUAUUUAGACCCCAUGGUAUAUAUGUUAAAUGAAAUCAACCACGAUAACAAUGUAACAUAUGGAAUGUUUUACAACAGUCCAGAAACCACAACUUUCCUAUUUAUCGAUUUUAAAUCGGAAGAUUCUGUAAAAACGUAUAAUGUUUUAGUUGAAUCCCAUUUAUCUACUAUAUCUCGCUAUUUAACUUAUCGCCGUGGGACACCGUCAAAUGAUGGCACAAUAGAAAAUACCAUAGUUUGGAAGCCAAUAACUAUUAUAUUGACGGGUAAUUAUCCCGAUCUUCAUGGACAUGAAGAUGAAAUGUUGAAACCAUAUAUUUUCUUUGACAUUGACUUUGAUGAUUUCACUUCCAAAGAGGCCGCCAUCCAAAUAUUAAAAGAAAAAAGGGACGCUGUAUUGAUUACAUCCUCUUCAAUGUCCAAACUAAUUGCAUCUUGUUACAGCAAUAGUGAAGAUUAUGAAAGUUACAGCGGCAUACGCAAGUUGCCUUUCUACCCGAGAGAGAUGGCCCAUUUCGAAAUUAGAUGUAUUAAAAACAAAAUAAAUAUUGCGCAUGAGGUAAAUUUAGAAACAAGGAUCUGGGGUGUUCCUGAGUGGCCCAUUCACAUCAGAAACACAUUAUGGAAACAACAAUACAACGAACUAAACUCGAACUUUUUAAACACUAAUGAUCUAGACGCCAUAAUUGCAUUUUAA